AUGUCAAGUUUGCGAGUGGUGAAUGCAACACCCCACGAUGAACCAGCGCCACAAAACCCGCGCGACGAACUGGGCGGUUCUCUACUUCCAGGACAGCCUGCCAACGGAGCUGCUACUGGAUCCUCACUCGGGCGGCCUCUGUCUCCCGUCGCAUCACCGGCUCCGCACAGCGUCUUCGAAGUUGCAGAGCAGGAUGAAGAUGUCACGGAGCCCACGACUGAGCUAGGCUCAAAUCCAGAGACAGAUCUCGCAACGGGCCUCAAGACUUCUGAGGACGAGACCGACUCGUACAAUCUAAAGCCUCCUCCUUCAACCACCACUCACGACAAUAUCGAAGCACUGACCCUGCGCUUCUUUUCCGUAGACCAUCUGGACUCAAUAUUGCGAGACUACUCGCUUGCCUCUCGUUUCGCACGAUUUCUGGAGCAAUAUCGGCCUCAACACGCCGAGACUCUCCAACAGUAUGCAGAGCUCAAGAAGGCAAUUGCAGCUGUCGAGUACGCGAAUGCGAUUGCGCGACAGGUGAAGUCGCGCGGAGCCAGUCCGCAACUACGUGCUGCAAAGCUGGAUGAGCAUUUUGAAUCGAUGUCAAAGAAGAUAGUGGAGGACCUGGUUGAAGAGGCACUACCAGCAUACUUGACGUAUCGUUUAGUGUCUCUCGUCACCGAUACUCUUGUCAAGGAGAUCACAGGAAACAGUGCACCUCUUCUGACCGAGCUGAUUCCGAGUUUGGCAGAAGUGUAUUGCAUCACAGAUCCUUCCUUGCCGGAUAACCCCAUUGUCUACGCCUCGGAGGAGUUCUACAACACCACCCAAUACGGUAUGGAGUAUGUUAUAGGGCGGAAUUGCCGGUUUUUGCAGGGACCUCAAACAUCGAUCGCAGCGGUCCGUCGGCUGAUCGCAUGUUUGUCAAAAGGUGAAGAGUCCUGUGAAACAAUUCUAAACUAUCGGAGAGACGGCUCGCCUUUCUUGAAUUUACUCCUGCUAGCACCCAUGUACGAUAACAAAGGGAAGGUUAGGUACUUCCUCGGAUGUCAGAUCGAUGUAUCACAACUGCUCCACGGAGGACGAGGUCUGGAAUCGUUUGCUCAGCUGUUUGCUCAAGACCGCACUCGAAUUAGAUUCGGUGACAACACGAACCGGAGCCCAAAGCAGGUUCUCAGCGACCUUGGACAACUGCUCACAGAGGAAGAAGCAGACAUCGUCAAGAAUCGUGUUGCGCCACCAGGAAGUAUGGUUUCUCAGAAUCCCGGCUCAGUGAGCUCUUCAAUCGGCUCAAAGCGUGGUGGUGCCAAACCAAAGCGCGUCGUGCUCGACAUGGAUGAGCCAGCGAAGGAUGCACAGCUAUGGCCAAGUGCUAGUCUGGGGCAUUCGGGGCGUCUGCCAGGAGUAUAUCAGAGCUAUCUCCUCGUGCGACCUUAUCCCUCGCUGCGUAUCACGUUCACAUCGCCAGCACUGCGGAUACCAGGACUUCUUCAGACGAAACUUCUCGAUAGGAUAGGAGGACCGUCGACUGUGCGAGAGGGGUUGAUGGAUGCCCUCUCCAAGGGCACGGGUGUCACUGCAAAGGUGACUUGGCUUUCGAAGGACUCGGAUACUGGACGACUACGCUGGAUCCAUUGCACUCCACUGUUGGGCAGUGAUGAGAGAGUCGGUGUCUGGAUGGUCGUUAUGGUUGAAAACGAAGCGGUGACUGGAUCCCUCAAUCGGCAGAGCACAACCAGCAGUAUCGGACCCGGAUCACGAGCAGGUGCCCAAGAGUAUACAUCCAGCAAGCUGUACGCGGACUAUCUCAAGCACGAGUCUAGGCCAGCUACGCAAGAGUCGCAUCGGACAACGACUUCGAACGAGCUUGACGAUCAAUUCCAAGAUUUCUAA